CGUGGCUCUUCUCCGGGCACUCCGCUUUCCUCCCACAUCCCAAAAACAUGCGUGCGAGGUUCAUUGAAGACUCUAAAUUGCCCGUAGGUGUGAAUGUGAGUGCAUUCGGGGUGUACCCCGCCGGCUCCAACACGCCCGCGACCCGCGUGAGGAGAAGCGCGACAGAAAAUGGAUGGAUGGCCGGGUGGACAUUUCAAAUAGAGCAAAACAAAGAACGAUGUCAGCAAAGGUUUGUCCGAAUAUUCUUUGCUUUAAAAGGUGGCUCAUCGUAACUUGAAAAGUGCUCAAUUCCACCCACGGGACAUGAACGCUACAUGCGGGAGAACACGUCGUCAUUGUCGCCAAGUAUUUACAUUUGACACUCGUGUCAAUUAGGUGUAUAAAUUCAAGAUCUAAUCGUGCCGAAUGCCACAGACGGAAUGAAUCAUUGAUGAUGAAUGGUUUGAAAGCAGCAAGUGGGCAAAGUACGGCCCGUGGGUUAGAAGUGGCCCACUCUGUUCUCUCAAACUCCUGUAAUAAUACAGCGCGGUGGUGCCUUGAGAUACGAGUGACUCCCACUUGCGUUUGUUUUCAUUGUUUUGACUUGCGGGCGCAAACUCGUGGCCCAAAAACACCUACCGUGACUCAGAUGAUGAAUUUUAGUGACGUCACAUUCUUAAUCCUUCGGGUUUAAACCCUCUGCAAUUGUAACAUCUUAAGUCUUCUGGAAAGGCUUACCACGAGGUUUAGAAGUGUGUUGAUGGGGAUUAAUGACCACUUUUCCAGAAGCACACUUGUGAGGUGACACAGUGCUGUUGGAUGAGAAGGCCUGGCUCUCAUUCUACACGCUAAUUCAUCCAAAAUUGUUCUAAAGGGUUGAGGUCAGGCUUGUGGAGGCCAGUCAAGUUCAUCCACAUCAAACUCUCCGUGUCUUUAUGAACCUUGAUUUGUGCACUGGUGCACAGUCAUGUUGUAACAGGAGAAACUGUUCCCACAAAAUAUGAUCUCCUGAGUGCCAGAGAAAGGAAAGGAGAUUUUGGACAGUCCAACCGUUUGGGGAUUAUCCCUUCCUGUUCCAACAUGUCUGUGCAGCGGUGCACAAAGCAAGGUCCCUAAAGACACGGAUGAACUUGACUGGCCUGGACAGAGUCCUCCCCUCAACCCGAUAGAACACCUUUGGGUUGAUUUUGAGUGGACAGUGAGGCAAGCCUUCUAGUCCCAAUCAGACAAAAAAAAAGCUCACUCCUAAACCUUGUCGAAGGCCUUCCCACAAGAGUUGAAGCCGUUACAGCUGCAAAAUGUUGACCAACAUCAGAUUAAACCCUAUGGAUUUAGAAUGGGAUACCACUUACAUUGAUAUGCAAGUCAACGAAUACUUCUCGUUUUUCGCAGUUAAUGGGGAAAGGUGAAAACCCGCAAAGUAGGAUUGAUUUCAUUUUUAUGAGAUUCAUUCACGGGGAGAUGUUUGCAAUAUCCGUUAAAAGUGACGAAAAUGUGCAUGACAAGAACGAACCUAUUGAACAUGAAGUCGAGACGUUGGACUCGUUUUGUGCGAUGGGCCGGUUCUCGGAGUUUGUCACCUGCGAUGGAUGGAUGGAGCGCGGAAUCUUUUCCGUGCGCACACCAGAAUGAGCGGCACAAUACGCAUUGUUUCGUGCUUUUAUUAAAGUCGAUUUCGGGGUUAGGAUUUGAUGGACUAUAAUAUUGUAGAAUCAGAAUCAGAAUCCUCUUUAUUUGCCAAGUAUGUCCCCCCCCCCCCCAAAAAAAACCACACGAGGAAUUGGUCUCCGGGAGUUGGAGGCGCUCUUUUUCUUCUCAUGAAAACGUUUUUUUGUGUGUGUGUGUGUGUGAGACUGGAACUUAUCGAUGGCUUUUCCGAUCAUUUCAACGGGGAAAGGUGAUUUGACAUGCAGACAGACGUUUGGCGUUACAAGCGUGGUCACGGAACGGAUGACGAUCGUAUCUCAAGGCAGCAGCGUAAAUGGUUCCACGUGCUCCAAUUCGCCGUGCGGGCGUCUUUCGCGCUAUUCUAACCCCUAAGCGCCCCAAGCGAGCGAGUAGCCACGAAAUGUCUCCCAUCAUUCGCAGCUGAUCGAUGAGCGACGGCUGCUCAUCUUUCUUCCCUUCCUGGUCCUCCUCUCCUCCUCCCCCCUCCCCGUCCUUUCCUCCAUCCCUAACCCCCCUCGACAAACAUGGCUGCGAAAUCCGACGGUGCAGCCGCCUCGCCGCGAAGCCGAAUCCCGUCCGAGCCGGAGCAGCGGCCCGCGCAGCGAUACUCCCCGGCGGACUGCUGCUGGACGCUGGGCGCCCUUCUGGUCUUCUUCUCGGACGGGGCCUCGGACCUGUGGCUGGCCGCCGACUACUACCUCCGGAGGGAGUAUUGGUGCUUCGCACUGACUCUGGUCUUUGUGGUGGCCCCCUCGGCGGUGGUGCAGGUGUUGAGCUUCCGAUGGUUCGCCUACGAUUUCUCCGACGCCCCGGAGAGCUGUGGCGGCGGCGGCGGCGGCGGGGAGCGAUUCGAUUCGGACGCCAAGGACGGCUUGGAGCGGGGCGCCGGCCGUACCGCCGGGGCCGGGAUGCUGCCGGCGCCGCCCACCGGGGGUCGAGCCCGGGGAUGCUGCAGAGCGGUCGUGUGGCUCUUGCAGGCCGCUGUCCACACCCUCCAGCUGGCGCAAGUGUGGAGGUACGUCCGAGCGUUGUAUUUAGGCGUGCAGAGCCGCUGGCGCGGGGAGCCGGAGCGGCGGCGCUACUACUGGCGCGUGAUGUUCGAGAGCGCCGACAUCAGCAUCCUGCGCCUGCUCGAGUCCUUCCUGAAGAGCGCUCCCCAGCUGGUGCUGCAGCUCUCCAUCAUGGCCGUCGCCGGUCACGUGCUUCCUCUUCAGGGGCUUUCGGCGUCCGCCUCGCUGAUGUCCCUCGCCUGGAUGGUGGCCUCCUACCAGAAGGUGUUGAGGGACUCCAGAGAUGACAAGCUCCCCAUGAGCUACAAGGCAGUCACGGUUCAGAUCCUGUGGCAUCUCUUCACCAUCGGGGCGCGCGCGCUGGCCUUCGCCCUCUUCGCCUCGGUGUUCCAGCUGUACUUCAGCAUCUUCAUCGUGGCCCACUGGUGCAUCAUGACCUUUUGGAUCAUUCAAGGCGAGACGGACUUCUGCAUGUCCAAGUGGGAGGAGAUCAUCUACAACAUGAUGGUGGGCAUCGUGUACGUGUUCUGCUGGUUCAACGUGAAGGAGGGCCGCACUCGCUACAGGAUGCUCACCUACAGCCUGACGGUGUUCGUUGAGAACGUGGCCCUCACCGCCGCCUGGUACACGUACCGCGGCCCUCGUGACUCCGACUUUUACGCCGUUGUCAUGGUGUGCGUGGUGGCCAGCAGCUACGCGCUGGGCACCUUCUUCAUGUUUGUUUAUUACUGCCUCCUGCACCCCGACGGUCCCGCACCGGGCUGGGGCUACGUGACGGAGAAGCGGGCGGCCGCGGAGGUGCCGGCGUCCCCGACCCCCGGCCCGCCCCCUGACGUGGCGAGCGGCCCGCCCAGGACCUUGCAGAGAACUAAAGACGGAGAGCGGGGGUCCGGGACGGACGGAGAUGUGUUCCAGGUGCGACCGGCUCGGGGAGCUCGGGCAGCGGUUCCCCGCCCUCCGCCCGGGACAGAGGGGCUUGUCGUCCGAAUAGACCUGCCCAGGAAGAGUUACCCCGCCUGGGACGCUCACUACAUCGAUCGGAGGCUGCGUAAAACCAUCCUGGUGCUGGAAAGCGCCGCUCCGGUUGCGCCACGGAUUCAGUACCGCUGCCUGGGCACGCCCAAAGAAGUGAUGGAGUAUGAGACCACGGUGUGAUGGGAUGACACGGGCAGAGUCUGUUCAUCUCCAACUUGAAGUGCAUUUGCUCAUGCCGAGUGCUCUACGGUGGUCGCUGUUUGGCGCAUAUAUUAAGGUUAGAGCUAGACCGAUGUCAAUUAUUAGUCGUCAAGGAGGCCAGUGAGCGAUAUUUGGAGCCGAUAUUCACUCGCAGUCAAGGGGAAAAUGUCGGUGUCCCAAUUUUGAAUACUACCAACUCCAACAUGUUACUUUUUGUGUGUGUAUAAGACAAUAGACAUCUUGGUUUCAAAAUCCGAACAAAAAGCACAGGGAGCUCCCAGGCUUAGCAGUAAGUGUUUUAAAGUCAAAUAAAAAGAAAUAUAUCCCUGAAGUAUACUCAGUUUUAAAUGGAUUUAUUAAGCGUCAAAAUGCCGAAUAUCGACGCCAAAAAUCGGCCUAUCCCUGAUUAAGGUGGAUUUGAAAAGGCCGUUCGACCCUCUUUCAACUUUUGAAUGCACUUGUCCAACUGUUCAAUGUUUCAGUACCGAGGAGGAACAACUGAGCCCGGUUGAAUCCCCUUUUGUUAUAUGUCGUGUCGAUAGGAAGUGCCCUUCGCUCUUUCUAGCCAGAGCCCUCACCCUCCCCUUCUUGAUUCAAUCACACACCCGACUAAGUUAUUGAAUUGUAUCGGAAGCAAGACUCCAAACUCCCCUUUGCCUUUGCAUUUCACUCAUCGAGUCUCCCUUCGGUCUCCCGUCCCCAUCCAUUUCGGGGUCUAGCUGUAUGGGACGUAAAGCAGUUCCAUUGUUCACGGUCAGCUCGCCCACGCCGGCUUGCUUCGUUUAACAUAUCCAUCCAUCCGUUCAUUUUUCUCACUCGGCAUAUCCUCGCGGCAAACUCUUUGUUAGAUUGAGGCUGCCCAUUUCUUGAUCGGUACUUUUGGAAAAACGGCAAAAGUCACAACAGGGGUUGGAUCCGGGACCAGCGCUUUUCCUGUUUCAAUGAGAGCGAGAUGUAUAAAAAAAAAUACGGAAACAUUGAACAGUUGAGAGACGGUCAUCUCUAAAGGUUAUAGUGCGUUUCAGGACACGACGACCGUAAGAAGUGCAUUUGCUAAUGCAAAGUGCUACGAUUGUGCUCGGCGGUGGUGCAUCUUCCGGUUUGUGCAUUUCUCAGGUGAGGACGGCGUGAAAGCAAAGCACACGGCCCGGGUGUCCGCUGGCAGCGAGAUGGGGAAACAUCACCGAACGCAAUGGCGAGACACUUUUGAAAUACCGCACGAGUAGCGAUCGUUCGAUUUUCCAAAGCUGUCAUUCACGUGAAAGAAAUCGUCUCUGUCAAAUGUCAACAAGUAGUCGAAAACGUGUUUGUGACAAGACUCGAGCGUUUCAUACGAAACAUUCCCGUGUCAUUGUUUGUUGGGGUGAGCUCGAACAUUUCUAGAAUAAAGUGUUAAACUGCGUAAAAAGAAGCACAUUAUUAAAGGGCAAUGUCCACAUGACGGAGAAAAGCCAACAGGUUAGAUUUCCCAUGUAAAUGAAACAGUGAGGACUUUAUAGCUGUCAGUGCUUGUUCUGUAUCCAUAUUUUGUUGAAUAAUAACGUCAAGACGACUUUUGCCUGCAGACCUGCCAUGUCCGCAGGUCAUUUUGUUACGUGGGGGUUGAGGCAUGUCUUUUCAUUUCACCAGAGGUUCUUUCCUCUUUUUGUGCGGAGGAAGUCGACUUUACAUUGAAGUUCAUUUCAAGUUAUGUUACUUGGGUGAGGCAGUCAUCAAUCGAGAGCUCAUUCGGCACCUGGAACAGCCCAAGCAAGACGUCCGAGGGCGAUUAUGACUCGGCAAAAAAAAGCUCAGAAGGACGUGUACCUCAAAUGCAACGCCAGAAUCAAAAAGCCUUAAACUGGUCUCGACAGACUGUUGCGCAAAAUGAGAAGGUGAAGACAAUAUCGUCAAGUCUGUUGCUUGAAUAAAGGGCAAUGUGUUUACCCGACUUGUGCUGCCCUCUUUCCCGCCGAGACAAAAUGCGCGCGCGCGCGCACACAUGCUGAUGUUGUCAGUGCUGACUUACACAGUGGAGAGAUUGGAAAAUAAAUCAAUGCGAAUUCA